CUCAAGAAUGGCUUUUAUUGAAAAUCAACCAGAAGAUCCUGUCGAGUUGUUUUCUAAUUUAAUAACGGCCUACAAAACAACAAAUCCUGAAAUACCAUUUAUUCCAAUGAAUAUUGCUACAAUUGAUGAUGAAUUUGGAGUUCUUAAUCGUUCUGUUGUCUAUCGUGGUCUUGAAGAUGGUCAUAUUAUUUUCGUUACAGAAAAGAACACAGUUAAAUAUGCAAAUUUAAUUAAGGAUCCAAGGACUUCAAUUACAUUUCUAUUUGAAAAAAUCGAAUGGAAUGGAGUAAAUUCAAUAUGGCAGGUAAUAGUAACUCAUUCAUAAAUAACUUGCCAAACUUUUCAAUUUUAUGAUUUUAUAUUAUAAGGUUCGUCUAAUUGGAAAAGCUGUUGAACUUUCACCAAAUCAAAUAUCAAAUCUUUGGUCACAAGAACCUAUAUUUGCUAAAAUUCGUAGUCGAAUAAGUGAAUGUGGAAAACCUCUAGAUUUUGCUGAUCAUAAAAAUGAUCAUGAUAAACUUUUGACCGAAUAUGAAAAUGGUCAAGAUUCUCUUCCACAAACAGAAACUUAUACUGCAUUUAAAAUAAUACCAAGAAUUUGGGAUUUUUAUAAAUCUGAACCAAACUGUGUUGCUGAUCGAGUACAAUAUCGAAAGUCAGAAGAUGAAAAAUGGUCAAUAAUGCAUGUUGCUAGUUAAUUGACUGAAAAAAUACUCUUAUGGUGCUUAAAAAUAAAACUAAACAAAUAUUACAAAAUUAUUUAAUUCAAAAUUUGUUUGAAAAACAUUUUAUUUUAUUGA